GUAUCCGUUUUGUAAGACGCCAUUAAAAUAAACAUGGCGGAUGAAACAAAUUUCACCGAAGAUUUUAUUCACACCAACGCACAAAUGGAACAGCAACCUCUCCAGCAAUCGAUCGAACAGAAUGCCGGUGGGGAUGGUGUUAGUGUAAUAAGUAUGGCUAGACCUGAAGAUGAUGCCCGAAAAAUUUUCGUGGGAGGAUUAAGUUGGGAUACCACAACUAAAGAACUAAAAGAUUACUUUUCCCAAUUUGGAAAAGUAGAGGAAGCUCUUAUCAAACAAGACCCUAUUACAGGACGAUCUCGAGGGUUCGGAUUCGUAUUGUUUGAAAAGGAACAUGCUGUUCCACCAGCAACCGAUACGUGCCGUGAGCAUAGUAUUUUGGGAAAACACAUCGAUCCUAAACCUGCUAAAUCCAAAGAUAAAAAAGAUCCUAUAACUAAGAUUUUCGUGGGUGGUCUAGAUCCUGAAUUAACCCAAGAGCAAGUCAAGGAAUUCUUCGAAAAGUUUGGAAAAGUGGAACAAAUAGAUCUGCCUCAUGAUAAAACAACUAAUAAACGCCGAGCCUUCGCUUUUGUUUCAUUUGAAUCAGAGGCUGCCGUUGAUGCAGCUACUGCCACCCCAAAGAUUAAUAUACAUGGCAAAGAUGUCGAUGUUAAAAAAGCUACACCGCACCACCAACAAGCCGCCUAUCGAGGAGGACGAGGCGGUAUGCGAGGGCGUGGAGUAGUUAGAGGUUAUGCUUCUAAUAACUGGAAUGACUGGAAUCAGGGAAAUUAUGGUUAUGACUAUAAUCAGGGAGGCAAUUAUCCUGGGUGGUAUGAUUACAGUCAACAAGGUUAUGGUGGAGGUUUUCCUAGCGAUUAUUCUUCUUAUGGUGGCUACGGUAAUCAAGGAUGGGGUGGAGGGUAUGAUCAGUCAAGUGGUAAGCAUACUUUAGCUUAUUUAAGAGCAAAAUACCACCAAACAAUCACAGCUCCGACCAAAAACGGCGACUGUGGCCCAAGGCCAUCGCAGCAUCAUUCAUACGGUCAACCGUAG